UCCGCAGUUAAAUACUGUUUUUUCAUUUACACCCCUUUUACGUUUUUAACGUUCGAGAAGAAAGAAGACCACUGGGUGGCUUCUUAUGGAAAGGUUCUUCUCCUUAUCACCCGACCUUUGAAAGAAGUUUUUAUUAUAUUCUCACCUCAUUUUUAUAUAAAAUAUAUUAAAAUAUGGUUUUUACUUCUCAUAAACCUAUCCCCUUGGGAAAAUUUUCUUUCAACGUCUCAUUCCAUAAAUUUCACGUGACUAGACCCAAACGGGCUGGAUGUAACAAGAUUUACGAAAUCAGAAGAUCAAAAAGUUUCUUUUUUGAGUUAGUUGAUCCCUCAACAAACACCAAUGAUAUUCAUCUUAAAAUACACACAAAUGAUUAUCACAUGAAUUCUACCCCUAUUAGCUACUCUUCCACCUGUAGCUUUCCUAAUCUGAAAUUUCAGAUUAGUAAGAUGUUACAACAUUUUUUUUCCCAUCAAAAAGUUAUUCCACGUUCCAUCCAAAAGAAAUAUUUUAAUCUUAUUCGUUCAAAUUUACUCGAUAGAUAUUUUCUUGUCAAAUCACGUGCUGAUAAAGUCGCACAAAGAAAUUCCCGAACAAAAACUUUCUUUAAUUUUUCUUAUAAACGUUAUCGUUUUUAUUUCGGUAUUUUUACACCAUGUAAUUUUCUCACCAGUGAUAAUUCUGGAACUAACCACACACAGAUGUGUUGUGUCCCUUCCCCUUUCAUUAUGUCUUAUAAUAGACGCGCUUGCAUCUCCCAUCAUAAAAAUUUAGACAUUUUUCAGAACAUCAAAAAACCCCUUCCGUUAUCAACUAAUAACGUAAAUAAUAAAUGGCUUCACGCAACCCUUACUUAUAAACAAUGGCAUCAAAAUGUCAGAAAACACGUUUACUCAAAUCGCCUAGGAAUUUCCUACGAUGUUUCAUACUUAGCUAAUGGACGCAAUGUCCUUCGUACGAACAAGAACUUUCGUAUGUACCGUAAACGAUUCGACAAUUUUCUUUCACAUCACUCCGACAGUAGUAAAAGGAGUAAAAGACAAAAAUCCCGUUUUCAACGGGCAUGUAGAUCAGUUUUCCACGAUCGUGGUAAUAACGAUAAAUUCAACAGAUAUGCGGAUACUCUUAAAGAAAAGCUUCACCGAGCUAAACAUCAGUGUUUCCUAUUUUUACCUUCACAAUAUAUCAAAAAAUCUGUACAUCAUUUAAAAUAUUAUAAAAGACCAUCCCCCCGAGAUGAGAAACAUUACAAUUUUCCUAUACCCGUUGGUUUAACCGAACCUUUAGAUGCUAAGGCCGUUCUCGCCGAGGAUCUUGAACCACCCCCUCGACCAUAUCCAGGGAACGAUUCAAUUAGUACUUCAAAUUCUCACCUAUCUGCCACCACCUCACAACCCAUUCUCCUCAAAGAAGAGAAUACUUGGCAUGAUAAGUUGGGCAUCUGGAUUCCUAACGACCUCUUCCCUUAUGUUACUGAAGAACCUGUUUAUAUUUCUAAUAGACAGGCCAAAAUUAAAGGUCAACAAUAUGAACCAGGAUGUAUAUACUGGUUAAAUGGUAUUAGAAAACGUAAAGAAGCUCACGAAUUAGCUGUACGAUUACAAAAAGAACGAGAAGCUUGGGAUGUUAACCGCCUUGCUCAUGAAGAAGAACUCGCAAAUAGAGCUAAGCUCUGGUGCACCUCCUCAAACCGUGUAGAAUAUCGUGAAAACAUGUGUAAAGAUCUCACUGAAUUUCAAGAUCACUUUCACAAGAAAAUUACCAAAUUGACUGAACGCCGUUCCGUUCUACAUAACAGACUUACACAAAAAAAAAAUGUUUACAAAACUAACAAACAAUUGCUCCAACUAGAGCAAGAAUUGGGUCUAUUCAAUAUCGAAUAUUUUUCAGUCAUGGAUGACCGCGAGUCCCAUUACCGUUACAAAGGACACACUUCAGAUGACGCUAAACAACUCGAACUCAGACCACACAAACGUCUCCCUAUCCCAAAUACAGAUAGGCACAUUACUGAGGUCAAAAAAUUGAGACUAGAUAUACUGUCUCCAGAAGACUCUAAAGUCUUCGUUUUCCCUUAACUCCUUUCGUAUACAACUAUCAGCUUAUAAAUUUUUUAUAUAUAUUUUUUUUAGUGGCACGCUGAUAGUU